GAUAGACAAUCUUUAAUGCUGGAAACUCUUCAGCGUGUUGUUUGCAGUUGCUGAGAGAUUGAAGUGAGCGCAUCAAACCUUGGUCGGUCGGUCUGUCUGUCUGUCUGUCUACUUGGAAGCUUUCUCAAAAUCAAAACAUGCAGCAGGGUGGUGGAUCUGACAAGGAGGUGACUUGGGAGGAUCAGCAGAACAUCAACAAUUUUGGCAGAUUAAACAACAGAUUGCACGAGCUUGAAGACGAAAUUAAGAUUGCCAAGGAAACCAAUGAUAAUCUAGAGGAUGCAAGCAACGAGUUAAUUCUUACUGACGAGGAGGUGGUUCGGUUCCAAAUUGGAGAAGUCUUUGCUCAUGUUCCAAGGGAUGAGGUUGAGACCAGGAUAGAGCAGAUGAAAGAGGUGACUAGUAAGAACAUGGAAAAACUUGAUGAAGAGAAAGAGUUCGUGGUUGCACAGAUGGCUAAGUUAAAGAAGAUUUUGUAUGGAAAGUUUGGGGACUCCAUUAACUUAGAGGAGAAUUAGUGAGGUAGGUUUUUGUUUUAUUCCACAGAAGCUGUCUUGCUGAUAUGUUAUUCAUGGAAGGAGUCUCUUGUUUAUCGUUGAAAUAUCAGGGAAUCGACUUCUUCAAAUGGUAAUUGGAUAUUUUAGAUUGUUGUCCAAGCUUCAUGAAUAUAGAUGGUGUAUGUUUCUUACUCUCAGUUGUAUCUGCUAUGAAGUUCAAAUUUUGAUA